GUUGUUUUGCUCCCGAGAAACCAUCCCAAGGGCAAAAGCGUCCGCGGGUGGGGGGGGGGGGGGAGAGGAGGAGGAGGAGGAGGAGGAGGACGACGAUCGUUCUCGCUCUCAAAAGUCACCAUGGACGUUCCCGGCAUGCAGAGUUCUCUGAUCGAUCCAGAAGAACUGUUCACCAAGCUGGACCGCAUUGGCAAAGGAUCCUUCGGAGAGGUCUUCAAAGGCAUCGACAACCGCUCGCUGAGGGUGGUGGCCAUCAAGAUCAUCGACCUGGAGGAGGCCGAGGACGAAAUCGAGGACAUCCAGCAGGAGAUCACCGUGCUGAGCCAGUGCGACAGUCCCUACAUCACCAAGUACUACGGCUCCUACCUCAAGGGCAGCAAACUGUGGAUCAUCAUCGAGUACCUCGGCGGAGGUUCUGCGCUCGACUUGCUUCGUGCGGGUCCCUUUGACGAGCCUCAAAUCGCCACCAUGCUGAAGGAGAUCCUGAAGGGUCUGGACUACCUUCACUCAGAGAAGAAGAUCCACAGAGACAUCAAAGCCGCCAACGUGCUUCUGUCGGAGCACGGCCAAGUGAAGCUGGCCGACUUCGGGGUGGCCGGUCAGCUGACGGACACGCAGAUCAAGCGGGAGACCUUCGUGGGGACGCCGUUCUGGAUGGCGCCCGAGGUCAUCCAGCAGUCCGCGUACGACUUCAAGGCGGACAUUUGGUCGCUGGGCAUCACCGCCAUCGAGCUGGCCAAGGGGGAGCCGCCCAAUUCGGAAAUGCAUCCAAUGAGGGUGCUCUUCCUCAUCCCCAAGUCGCCGCCCCCUACACUGACGGGCGACUUCUCCAGGAGCUUCAAAGAGUUCGUCGAGGCCUGCCUCAACAAGGACCCCGCCUUCCGUCCCACCGCCAAGGAGUUGCUCAAGCACAAGUUCAUCGUCAAGCACUGCAAGAAGACGUCCUACCUCAGCGAGCUGAUCGACCGCUACCGGAGGUGGCGUGAGCAGGGCCACGGCGACAGCAGCCCCGACGACUCCGACGGCGAGUCCGGCGACAAGAAGGACGAAGAGUCGCCGGAGUGGAGCUUCACCACCGUCCGCAAGCGCAAGACAGACGAGCGGCCGCAAAUCAACGGGCAGACGAGGAGCGACGGGCGCGCCGGCGUCGGCGCGUCCUCCCGUCUCGCUGCCGUCGUCUCGCCCGUCUUCAUCGAGUUGAAGCAGCAGCACAAGGAGUACUCUGCGACGCGAUUGGCCAUCGAAGAGUUGGAACAUAAUAUCCGAUUGGCCGAGGACGUGUGCCCGGGCAUCACGGACCGGAUGGUGACGCGUAUCAUCGACAGGUUCAACGCCAGCUGAGGACGGACGGGGAGUUGGCGCGGCGACCGCGGGCCGUGCCUCCAAAUUGGGGCUGCGCCGUGCAAUGUCUCCACGCGAGGGCACGCGUCGUUCCCUCGACCGCCGCCAGACAAAGCAGUGAUGAGUUGCGUUGCUUUUCCUCUUGUUCUAAUCCAGCGGCAGGGCUUUACCUUUUGUUGAUCUGUAAACGCAAAUAUGUGCUCGGUGGCAGUUUGCAAAGAUGAUCCGCCAAUGUUAUUGUUUUGUUAUGCUCAUUUACCGGCAAAGCAGAAAAUGGAAUCCCCCACGACGGGAGCGUUCCUGACAGUUUGAACCAACUCGGUCACGGUGUAUAUUAUUUUUGUCAUAAGGGAUGUGCUGAUGCUUGCCCGGCGGGAACGUACUACUUUUAGGUAAAUGUUUUCCUCUCUGGUUUCACGUUGAGCUUUCUGAAAAAAAAAUCUUUCAAGCUUGAUGAAAAUGUCUGUCCGUUUGAAUUCAUACAGUUGUCGCCAUUCGGCAUCAUUGAAAAUAAUGCAUGAGAUGUUGUCCGCACAUCGAGACAUAUUUUUGUAUGAGCAAUGGACUUAUUAAACGAGAAAAGAUUGUU